UGGAACUCCUCACACACUCACACACACACACUCCACACACACACACACUCCCUCCUCCAGCCCCAUCGCCCCCGCCAUGGCCGCGUCCACCCUGUCCGUCUGCUCCAGCGACCUGAGCUAUGACAGCCGCGUCUGCCUGCCCGGAUCCUCGGACUCCUGCCCCGACUCCUCCUGGCAGGUGGACGACUGCCCAGAGAGCUGCUGCGAGCCCCCGUGCUGCGCCCCUGCCCCCUGCCUGACCCUCCUGUGCGGCCCCUCCUCCCCCUGCCAGGGAGACUGCUGCACCCCUGCGUGUUGCAAGCCCGUCUGCUGCACCCCUGUGUGCUGCAAGCCUGUCUGCUGCACCCCUGUGUGCUGCAAGCCCAUCUGCUGCACCCCUGUCUGUUGCAAGCUCUUUUCCUGCACCCCUGUGUGCUGCGAGGACUCCCCCUGCACAACCUCUUCAUGCUGCCAGCCGUCCUGUUGCACCUCCUCCCCCUGCCAGGAAGACUGCUGCAAGCCCGUCUGCUGCACCCCUGUCUGCUGCAAGCCUGUCUGCUGCACUCCUGUGUGCUGCGAGGACUCCCCCUGCUCAGCCCCCUCCUGCUGCCAGCCCAGCCCCUGCUGCAGACCUUCCUCCAGUGUAUCCCUGCUCUGCCGCCCCGUGUGCAAGCCCGUCUGCUGCACCCCUGUGUGCUGCGAGGACUCCCCCUGCACAACCUCUUCAUGUCGCCAGCCGUCCUGCUGCACCUCCUCCCCCUGCCAGGAAGACUGCUGUACCCCUGUGUGCUGCAAGCCCGUCUGCUGCACCCCUGUCUGCUGCAAGCUCUUCUCCUGCACCCCUGUGUGCUGCGAGGACUCCCCCUGCUCAGCCUCCUCCUGCUGCCAGCCCAGCCCCUGCUGCAGACCCUCCUCCAGUGUAUCCCUGCUCUGCCGCCCCGUGUGCCCCCGCCCUGCCUGCUGCGCCCCUGCCUCCCCCUGCCGGCCCAGCUGCUGCCGCCCGGCCUCCUGCGUGUCCCUGCUCUGCCGCCCCGUGUGCAGGCCCGCCUGCUGCACCCCUGCCUCCUCCUGCUGCCGCCCGGCCUCCUGCGUGUCCCUGCUCUGCCGCCCUGUGUGCCCCCGCCCUGCCUGCUGCACCCCUGCCUCGGGCCAGGAGUGUUGCCGCUGAGCGAUCUUUUUAAGGGCGUCCUGAAUCUCGAGAGCUCCUCCACACACUGUGGGUUCUUUACAAAGCACCGAGACAGGCGUCAGGUCCCCUUUCCUGGGUCCCUGCAGUGGACACCGGUCACCAACCCCAUUUUGCAUCUGUCCUCCUACGAACAGCUCACUCGUUUGCUCAAGUGCUGACUUCCCAAAUCAGCGUGCCCUGCCUCCUCAGCCUGGGUUGGCAGUGACCCCAGCCGGGCCUCCCGCAGCCUUCGGACCGUAUGUGGAGUGGAGGGAGAGAAGAUACAGUAUCCGCAGCGUCACCCCUGGACCCUGUGUGGCCCCUGCUCCCCCACUGAUUCCCGAGCUGGUUUCUUUAUCGUCCCUCAUCCCACGAGCUAUCGGUUCCUCCAAUAAAUUCUUUUCUUUAUCAACUUAA